CCUUGAUAAGCAAACCGACAAGACAAAAAAAAGCCAAAAAACAAACCUGUCUUGUGUUUUUUUUUUGUCUCUUUGGAUGGCGGAAAGCGAUCAACUCGUGAUCUUCUUCCGUCGUGCUUCUCAACGCAAAAUAUUUUAACCACAGCAAGAAGGAAAGUAAAAGUAAAUAAAUACAAAAAUCACUUUUAACUAUUUUUUAACCUUUUUUAGUUAACGCACGUGUGCAUUGUUAGGUGGAAGAUUUAUAUACGCACGUGUGGGUUGUUAAUGUGUACCGUCCCUUGCUUAAAGCGGAGGGAGCCUUUGUUCUUGUCUCGGCGAAGAAAGGAAAGAAAUGUCGGGUCAUCAGUGUACGGAGAACCCGCCUAAGCUGGAUCCAAAUAGCGGGUCGGGUCAUGUAGAGAAGCUAGGCGGCCUCGACAGUUACAUCUCUGGUUCCACUCACUCAAAGCUCGCCGUUGUUCUUGUCUCUCAUGUUUUCGGAUAUGAAACUCCACAACUGAGGAAACUUGCUGACAAAGUUGCAGAAGCUGGAUUCUAUGCGGUGGUUCCCGACUUCUUCCAUGGAGAUCCCUAUAAUCCCGCGAAUGAGGAUCGACCACUCCCUAUCUGGAUAAAAGAUCACCCACAAGACAAGGGUUUUGAGGACUCAAAGCCAGUAGUUGAGGCCUUGAAGAACAAAGGCUUAACUACAGUUGGAGCAGUAGGGUUCUGCUGGGGUGCAAAAGUUGCAGUGGAACUGGCAAAGCAAGAGCUUGUUAAAGCUGUUGUUUUGUUACAUCCUUCUCGUGUUACGGUGGAUGAUAUCAAUGGGGUGAAGGUUCCAAUUUCUGUGUUAGGAGCUGAAUACGAUCAAGUGACUCCUCCAGAACUCGUCAAGCAAUUCCAAAAUGUUUUAGCUACAAAACCUGAGGUGAAAAGUUUUGUGAAGAUAUUCCCAAGAGUCAAACAUGGUUGGACUGUUAGGUACGACCCCAAUGAUCCAUCUGAAGUUGAAGCCGCAGAGGAAGCUCACAAGGACAUGCUCGUUUGGCUCACCAACCAUGUCAAGUGAGGAACUUUGGCACGGUCUAAGGCUUUGGUUUACACAGAAUAAAGUACUCGAGAAGCUGUAAGAAAAGUGUUUUUAAAUAAAUAAUGUACUAUCAUCAAUCAAUCUUCCUUGAGUGUAUUAUUUAGAAACAAGUACUUUGCAAAGGAAUAAUUGAAUCAUCAAAUGUUUGUAACAA